AUGAGCAGGGCGCUUACGGAGCACAUCAGCAGUAGCUUCCGAGAAGAUGCUCCUCGUCCUCCGGUACCGGGGGAGGAGGGAGAAGCGUCAUGCUACAACGCCAGCAGAUCUGCCAAAAUGAGAGCCCAGAGCAAGGUUAAAGAUAUCCCCGCUGCUGCGCCUCCCGGCUCCACACCGCGGAGGAACGAGGAUGGUCUCGGGGAGCCAGAGGGCAGCGCGUCGCCGGACUCGCCACUAGUCCGGUGGACAAAGUCUCUGCAUUUUCUCCUGGGCGACCAAGACGGCGCUCAACUCUUUAGGACCUUCUUGGAGCGGGAGAAUUGCGUGGACACUUUGGACUUUUGGUUCGCCUGCAAUGGCUUCAGGCAAAUGGACUUAAAGGAUACCAAAACGUUGCGAGUUGCCAAAGUUAUUUUCAAGCGGUACAUCGAGAACAACAGCAUUGUCGCCAAGCAGCUGAAACCCGCCACCAAGACCUUCAUAAGGGAUAGUAUUAAGAAGCAACAAAUAGACUCUGCCAUGUUUGACCAGGCACAGACGGAAAUUCAGGCCAACAUGGAAGAGAACGCGUACCAGAUGUUUUUGACCUCUGACAUAUACCUCGAAUACGUGCGCACCGGCUGCGAGAAUGCGGCGUACAUGAACCACGGCAGUCUCGGCAGCCUGAAGCUGAUGUGCGGAUACCUUCCUCCUCUUAUGGAAGAAGAGGAGUGGAGUUGUACCGACCUGAAGGCAAAAGCAUUAGGUUCUGUGGUUGGACUUUCUGCAAAAACCCUGAGGGCUACUGCUACCAUCAGGUCAGCAGCCGAAGUGCUUGAGAAUACUUGCAGGUAAGAGCAACUCUCACCUAAGUGCAUGCGUGUCUGGGUUAUUACAUUUCUGGCUUCUCCAGUGUGGUUCACCUUUCUUCUGAACACUAGCUCUUCAUUAGUUAAACUUGAGUGAAUAUGUGGCAGUUGGCAGUUAUUUCACAAAUGCCUCUGAGAGAGAUAAAGGCACUUGAUCAAAGGGUCUCAGAGGAACAUGCCUGUAUAUUUGUGCCCUCCUGCCUUGCAGUUAGUCAAGGGGUUGGAGGGGUGGAGGGGCGGGGUGGGUACAAAACAUCAAUGGAUCUGAGCCUUCCUUUUAAGUAAAUGGUGUCUUGCAGGCAGCCCUCUGCUGGCUUGCUCAAGUUUCCUGUGCUUUGAAACCCUUCCUCCGGUUUAGGCACGGAUUCAGACACCAAGCCUGAUAACUGUUAGAACAACAUGAAACUAUCAUCUUAUUGUCAAGUUAUGCUGUAUUCUUUACUUUCUGUACUCACCAAGCCUCAAAGUUAUUGCACACUGUCAGAAAAUCUCACUAACCCAUAAACGAUAGAUAGAUAGAUAGAUAGAUAGAUAGAUAGAUAGAUAGAUAGAUAGAUAGAUAGAUAGAUAGAUAUACUUAAUUGAUCCCAAACUGGGAAAUUCACGAAAUUUCGUGAACCCAUAAAAAUGCUAAUACAGAGUUAAAAGAACGUGUGCAGUCGUUCUAAUGCCAAGCAGAGAUUUUGUUCCCUUGGUCAGAGAUGAAAGCAGAACUGUUUGUGGAAAGCAUUUGGGCUUUUAUCUUGAGAGCUCGUCCCACACAUUGUCCAACAGCUGAAAUCUUUUCAAGCCAGGAACAUUUUCAAAAACUGGAUUCUAUGCAUGAGCCUGCAUCAAAGUGGCUAAAAAAGUUUUCCACUCCACUGCUUUGUCCUCACAUCUGGGCGCAAUUGUUUCUUAGAGGUCUGACAUUGACUUGAUACCUCAUUCAAGUAAGAAAAAGUGCAACCUAACUUUAACCAAAACUAUUCUUGUCGAUUUCACCUCACAGUAUUUGAUAUUUGAGGUGAACUUAUGGCAUGAAUUGUAAUAAUAAUGUGAGAAAUGACACUUACUCCCCUGAGGAUUUUAACUUUCAUGAAAGGGGAUGUCAGAUAACAUCAUAGCAAAGUUUCUCAUUUGCAGUGACCAUGUAGAGUCAGGAACCAAUAAGAAAAUGGUUUGUUGACAUGUGGGCAUCCCCUUGCUUCCUGGUGUGAUCCCCUGCAUUCUUGUUUUUCACAAAAAAGCAAAAAGGGGGGGGGCUCUUUCUCCCCUCUGUUACCCGCGCUCCCCCCCUGCCCCUCACCAUCUCUUUAGGUCAACCAAUUUCCAUCUCAAACAUGUGGAACUAAUUUUGCCACUGCACAGAUUCCUUUUCCCCUCUUUUUGUAAAACCUCUGAUAGUCGACUCCAAAGUGAUAGAAUAACACAACAACAAAACAUGCUCAGCUCAGUUCUGCAGCUUCAACCACCAAUUCCACUUUGCCAUUUAGUGUGUGUGUGGAUGUGUGUGUCAGUGUUUUCCUUCCUUUCUCUUUUCUUUCCAGCACUUUUAUCUCUCCUUUAAAAAAUCUGUCUGACAGAGACUAAGCAUGCUUUGGAAGGAGACAGGGAGAGACAAGAGGAGGGGAAGGGGGGAAGACAGGAAGGGGGGAUCAUGAAAGAAAGAAAAGAGAUGGAGAAAGAGAGGGGGGUGCGCAGAGCCCAGCUGUGCUAAAUACCUGACUCUUUGCGCGGACCUUCCAAAGGUCAGGUUUGUGCUUGGGGCCUACGGCUUUAGUCAUGCUGGGGUUCUCCUCUAAGCACUCCCGGCAGAAGGCAUUCUCAUAAAGAAAGGGGCCCUCCUUCCCCCUUCCCUCUCACCCUCUCCCUCCCUCCCUCUCUAAAGCUCAAGUUCCCCCUUCCUCUUCUUUCCUCCCUCUUCCUUGUCCACCCCCUUCACUACUGAAACAGGAAUGCAACACAGCAGGAGAGAGGAGAAAGACACAGGGAGAGACUUUAGAAAGGAAAGCAAGAGAGAGCAAGUGAAGGAGGGGCCCCCAGACUGGAUGAUAGCGAGAGGGAGAGAGAGAAAGAAGUUGAAGAAGAAAACACUCACAGGAAAGAGAGAGUGAAGUUUGUGAGUGAAAAAGUGCAGGAGUAUCUGUCUGGUACAAACGAAAGUUUGGACGGAUAGUAAAGAGAGUAGGAGGAAAUGCUGCUGUUAAUUCAAAGGCGGCUCAUGUCACCAACCAUCACCUUUCAAUCCCUCCAAACACAACCCCUGCAUUAAAGGGAGGAGAGACAUGAAAGAGAGAGUUAAAAAGGAAGAGAAGAAAUUCUUUGAUCUAUUAUAAUGUUGUCAUGUUCCUUGAGCCACUAAGUACCAAGAAAAGUGACUCUAAUUACAUUAAUCUGCAGAGAACAACAAACUCCAUGCUGUCACUUUAUUUUACUACAGAAAUGCACUCCAGGAGAAAGCCAGCAAAUAAACUUAACCCUUCUGUUUCCAGAUCUCCUGCUACUUCACUUGAACUGACAAAGACCUCACAUAAAAACUUCGCAAACGCUCUAUUCUGUCUUUCACAGGUCCAGCCGUCGAGGAGACCCUGCCAGUCCUUACUUUGUCAACUCUGGUUACAUUUUUGCCCCCGCCACCAGUGCCAAUGACAGUGAGAUCUCCAGCGAUGCCACAACAGAUGAUUCCAUGUCCAUGACGGACAGCAGCGUGUAUGUUUUCUGAACUUUUUCUUAAAAUUAAGAUCUGGUUGGUCCAUUUAAACUCAGCCCUCUGUGGAGAUAAUGUUGCAUCUUCAAAAGGCUCUUUCCCUGCUGACCCUGGCCAAAGCCCUGGGAGUUUUAUUGUUUCCCAAGUAUGUAAACGUGCCCAGGACAGAGUUCAGUCAACACCUUUCCAGGAAAAAGUCUAGCGGUGUGAAGGAAAAUAUUUGGCCUUGUAGUUCAACACACUUAGCUUUUCUGGGGGCCAGGGGGACCAAACUGUUGCAAAAUAAUGGUCUGUAAUGUAUUUCAAUUAUCCUCUAUGAUUGACUCCAGGUAAUUCUAUUAAUGUGUAGUUGUUACUCUGGCCUUGAGGGAGAUAACUCUGGGAAAGUCAUUAUGUCUGAAGACCUUUUGAAGUCUAUUCUGAUGCGUUACAGGCUGGAGAGAAGGGAGAAAAAAUGAGAGCGUCUUGAUGUGGGUGGGGGCGUUGCCUCAUUUUCCUCAAAGUUGAAAUGUAUCCAUCCCACCCACCCUUCUGCCACAACAGACUUGUUUUUUUUCAUAUUAUCUAAUCGCUUUUUCCCUUUGAAGAGCUGAAGGAGAGGGGGAGGGAAAUGGCCAUUCGAGCCUCAAGACAAACUCAUUGAAAAAUGUUGGCACCAAAUGAAAGGAGGCUUACUCACAUGGUGGGUCGGUUUCCUGCCACUGGCCUCUGCGGCGUGCUGAGAUCAUGUGUCUGUGAGGCUUUCGCAGGGGUUACUCAUUUCUAGACCUUGGGACUAGGCAUAAGGAACCCCCCCCUCCACUGGCCAGACCAGGGCACCCCCCCAAAAAAAAUCACCUCCAACCACCAAACCCUCCACAGCCUCUGUCCUCCACCUACCAGAGCCAAUAGCAGAAGUGGUUAGGCUUGAAGUGCAAGUGAGUGAGAAAAUAAAGUGCAUAGAGUAUAAAGGGCUUAACUGAAUCGCUUUCAGCCUAUUGUUAGGUGAGGGGAGCUUAGGGGGAUAAGAGGGUGGCUGGCUGCUUUGAAAAUGACUUGCACAACUGAAUAGGAGAUCCCCAUAAAGUAAGGGCCCGUGAAACCAUGAAAGGGUCUAUGGCUGUUUUCUCUUCCCCAACCUGGACAAAGCAUCCUGCCAUCACAUGGUACCUCAGGGUGGGACAACUCAGAUUGAUAAAAAAAAUAAAACAAGUGUGUGAUAAGAGGAAGUUGUGAGUUUUGAGUUGGAGUUAUGUUUGCUGCUAAGUUUGGGGCGCUCGCUUGCACACAAGUUUGUCUGGGCUGUUGAGUUUUACUUUUGGAGUUUCCUGUGUAUUUUUUUCUGUGCCUUGAGGGAUGAUGGCUUGUAGUCCAGAGGGGACAGUUCAUGCAGCAUUGAUUUUGGUAGAGGACACCACCUGCAAGUGCAACACCAGGUGAUGAUCUACUUCAAAAUAUCACCCUGAAAUGUGAUGUCUCAUACUUGUUUUUGUGAAUAAAGACAGAAAAUAGAUAGAUUGUUGAGCAGAAGCAUGUGUGAAAGUCAUUGUGUUGAAGUUCUGAGCAAGGUUUCUGACACAGAGAUCUCUCCUGUCUUUGUCACCAGCCCUUAUGUCUCCACCCCUAACUGAUUUUAAUAAAAACGCAGCUGCCUCUAUUCUCAUUCAAGUGAACAAUUUGAUUAGUGUGUCCUUUUACUGUGGUUAAAAGGCACUCUGCAAAUUUGAAUCUCAUUUCCCAGAUAAAUAACAAGAAGAAGAGGAUUUGGGAAAGGGGGGUAGAAGAAGUGGUGGUGGGGGGGAUUUUUUUCUCUUUUUGCUUAUAUCUUAUUUAUGGAUUUACUUGGACGCUGGGGAAUGCUGCUGCACCAACUUCAAACAUUACCUUAUCUUACAAACCAGCCUUUUGAUGUUGCUGAGAUCAGAGGCUCACAGCACAGCGCUUGCCAAACGAAGAUGGCAGCGGGUGCAUAUGUGCAUGAGUGUGAGAUUUCAAAGAGGCAGCAGAAAAAGUAGCGUUUGGGCUAGGUCAGACACUUCUGAGCAGCCAAAACGGCCAAGAUAAUUGGCCCAGCUUAAGUGGCAGCUGACUGGAAAAGCUAGCAGACACAGAAUAAAAAAAAAAGAAUAAGACUCCCAGAAUAAAUGCUUAAUUGUCCAGAGACUAGUGGUAUUUCUAGCUACAUCUUUUUUAUAUUAAUAUAUCACAGCCACAAAGCCAGCUCCACUUAAAUAGCGUUUACUAGCCAGCUUUAGCCCGUUGUAGUUUCCUACUCCAACCAGCUCCUGUGGUUAGCGAUGAUUCUUCUGCUCUUUAAACAACUACUGUCAGAGUUGACAAAGACUGAUGUAAUCUUAUCAGUGGGGCUCUUCUUUUGAAGCCCACAGUGGGAUGUUUAGCAUAUCUCUCCCAUUGUCGUGGUGUGUUUUGUUAUGUGUGUUUUUGUUGCCUUGGCUUCAAGGGCUCUGCAACCUUUUGAUUAGCCGUAAUGUGCCUAGUGGGUGGUUACUGGGUGGUGUUGUGUCGGCACUUCAAUCAUGAACUGCCUCCUAAGGGCGCUUUCUCUACAAAGAUUGAUUAAUUGCACUAGCGCAACAACAGUUGGCGUGUAGGUAUUGUGACCUGCAUGACAAGUAGAAGUUGCUAAUCAAAAAUAAAGUUCAUUGCGUAGUUAGUCAUAAGAGCAAGUCUUAAAAGUGUUCAUUCAAAAAGGUGGUGCCGCGCCUUUCUCAUAUUCAAUGAACAAAUGUGAAGUGACAGUGUCAGAUGUCAAGAACAAGAGUGGACAAAACUUGUAAGUGAUUCAACGAUGAGACUACAGGCUGGUCUGAACAGCUAGUUUUAAGUCCCAGGAGGACUAAGGGAGACCUCAUGACACCACUAAAUAGUGUAUCUCCUGAUAGGGGCAUCAUAAAUGCAAUACCAGCUGUUAUUUGUUACAGGAUUUUCUAAUGUUUCUCUUUCCAAACUUGGGUCAGAUUUGGAAUCCAAAAAAUAUGGUCUCAUUCCACAAUUUGUCAUUUAAAUAGAGAAGCACAAGUUUACUUGGCUACAGCAACUUUGUAGUGUGGCAACAGUGGAGGAGGCUUCCAGAGUGCUGAGUUGACAAAUGCUUUUGAAUUGCCUGUAGCAUACAGUAGCAGAAAUGAGAGUUUUCAAAGACAUUAACCCAAGAAAAGUAAUCAGAGUGAAGACGCUUUUGAGCUCUUAAUUGUGUUAAGCUUCUACCAGAGCCCAGAAGGACAACAUAAAGCCUGAAAAUUAGUACAGCAGCCUCUCUUUCACUGAUCUCAGACAUUCUUCCUAAUUUUAACAAAUGAUAUCUGUGUGUGUUACAGAGAUGGGAUCCCUCCAUAUAAGCUGGGCACCAAGAAGCAGCUCCAACGGGAGAUGCACCGUAGUGUCAAGAUCAAUGGCCAGAUAACGCUACCCCACUUUCCUGUAAGUCCUACUUCUUCCUGACUUCUACUUUCUGUCUUAGUGUUUCCUUUUUUGUUAUCUGCUAAACUCAAACUUUUACAACACUGACAGACAACUGGGUCCUGAUUCCCUCGAGGAGUUGUGCUUGACUUUAUUUUAUUUUUUUCAGAGCUCCUGUUGUGACAGAAUACUAUAUUUCAUUCCCCUGCUCGUUUUCAUAUAAAAGUCGGGGUAAAUGAAAGGCAGGAUUUGCAUAUCACUUCCCUUUUUUUUCUGCUGUUUUAAGCCCCCCCCCCCCCCCACACACACACACACACACACACACACACACACACACACACACACACCUUCCCCCAUCCCAGUCUCUUCAGUAGAGCUGUAAAUAUAAACUUUUGUUGUCAUCUUUGCAUUCUGCCUCGGUAACUCUAGUGAGCCAUGAAGCUAUGUGGAUUUAUAUGUAUAAUCAUCAUUGAUAGCCAUGGUUCAAGCACAGGUAAUAAACAAUGAUAAAAAAAUAAACAGGGUUGAGAUGCUUGUUAACAUCACUCUUUGAACUGGCUAAAUGAUAACCCAAACCAGAGUUCCCAUACUCAAAGAUGAAUAGAGGGUACAUUACUAUUCACUUAGACUCUGCUCCGCUCUCAGCCUGAUAUCUGGUCCUAUUAGUAUUUUGGUCAUACGCUGUAUGUGCUUCAAAUUCCAAACGCUGUUGACCUGCUGGAGUCAUUUUGGGAAGGCAAAGGAAAUGGGCUAGAACAGAUUGACACAGGUUAGGAGGUGGGUCUGUUUGAGGCAAGAACAGAAAUAUGAUAUUCUUUUGUCUUCAUAUCCAAACACAGGUGUGUGUGUGUGUGUGUGUGUGUGUUUUUGCAUGCGUUUGACAGUGUUGUCUGUUCCCCCUCUUUUCUCUCUUCCCUCUCUGUCUUUUCUCUCUCUCAUUCUCUCUCUUUUCCUUUCCCACUUGCACUCCUUUAAUGUCUCCCUCCUGAUUUGGAGAUGGCUCUGUCUCCCAUGAUGCACCAGCCCCAGGCAGCCGGGGCCCCGUGCAGGGCUGGCGCUCCUUUGCCAGCAGCUCUGCUUGCCUUUCUUCUUCUUCCCUUCAUCGUCUCUACAAAGAGAUGAGAGGAACAACAAAAAAAGAGUCAAAAUCAAGAAAGCCAGUGUGCCGAAUAACAAAAAAGUAAGAAAGGGAGAGAGAGAAGCUGGCGCAUAUAGUUAAAGAAAAAGGAGGAUAAUGUGACUAGAGUACCUCUGAGCUGCCCUGCAUGCAGCCGGGAAAUAAAUUACUACUUCCCCUCAGAUCUUCCCAGUAUUUGACUCCUCUAUCCUCUCCCUCCCUCUUUUCCCUCCCUCUCUGCCUCACUCGCUCUCCGCUUCCAUUGCCACUUCACUAACGCACAUCUCAAUCCUUUUCCUCGUUUUUCAUGCUGUUAAUUUUGUCCCCCUUUCCCUUUUUUCUUCCCCUCUCCUCUUCUCACUCUCUCUUCUCUGUCGAUAUCUGGCUUUUAUUCGGAGAUUUAAAGCUGCGUGUCCCUCCCACCCCUAGUGUGCGUUUGAUGUUUGACAAGGGCCCUUUGAAGUGUACUGACUUCAGAGGCUGCCUAGCUGAUGGCUUGGUUGGGCUACAGAGGGUGCAGGCAGGGGGCCUCCCCUCCGAGCGAGACCAACUGCUACCCCGCCAUAGCUACCCCUUUCUCUCCCCCUCGCCCAGCAGCCUGGCACUGCCAAGGGCACUGGGCAUGAGAAGAUCUGGGGAGGGAUAGGCAGUGGAGGAGGUUCAGGUUAGCUUGAGGGCAAGGGCAUCUGGAUUAGGGCUUUUGGAAUAGUAGCAGGCUUUUUGGAACAAGACAGGAUUAGGGCAAGGGCAGUGGAUUAAUGCAACAUAUUGCAUCUGUCAGAAACACUGCACAGUUACACUAAAAGCGUCCUUCCAUCUGUGUUCUCCACCCUGCAGAGGACACACCGGCUGCCUAAGGAGAUGACCCCUGUUGAGCCCUCAGAUUUUGCUGCCCAGCUUAUUGCCCGGCUGGAGAAGCUGAAGCGGGAACAGGACACCAUGAGCUCAUUGGAGGAAAGGCUGCAGCAAAUCCAGGAGGUAUGGAUACAACCAAACCUUGUCCAAAGAGUUGGGAACUUAAGUCACAAGUUAUUUUGAAGUUGAUUUGAAACUAUGAUAGUGCAGAAAUGAAGCUUUUAAAGAAGCUCAAACAUAUCAAGGAACUGAAAAGACCCACGGAUUUGAAAGUCUGUCUUGGUUUAACUCUGAUUUUCUUCUUCCUCUCUGUCCUCCGUCACUUCAUCCAGAGGAACUUUCAAACUUGUGUUUCUAGGCACACUUAAAGUUCCUUCAAAUAGUUAGCACUUAGCUACUCUCCAGCGGCACGUUUGCUGAGUGUGUGUAGUGCCAGUCUCUUUGUGAAGCUCAGGCACACUCUGCAUUAUAGAUGAAGCGCACCCAAAGCCUGUUAGUGAAGAUAACAGUGCAGCAAAAAGGGAACUCAAAUCAAGUUAUCCAGCCAUUUGCUUUCUCUGACUUCACAGGAUGAUAGAUGGAACUUGUUGUAAAUUUAAAAAGUGUUUGUUGGUGCCUUAAAUACUUAAUUUUUUCCACAGGAAGAGGAAAGAGAGGAGAGCAGCGACCUCACCAACAGCACCUCCCUUAGUCACCCUCUGCUCCCAUCAGGCAGCCAGUGUGAGGAAGACCCCCAGGCUAUCCUGGAUGAGCACCUUUCCCGAGUCCUGAAGACGCCAGGCUGCCAGUCACCAGGUGUGGUUCGACACUCGCCACGCUCGAGCUCACCAGAUCGGACAGGUGAAAUAGUGUCCUCUGGACAUGGGCCCCUUUUUGGUGCUUAUCCCGGGGCCCCAAAGUUUCUGAUGACAGGCAGGCAGUCCACAAAGCACAUCCACCACCACUACAUCCACCAUCACCACGCUGGGCCUAAGACUAAGGAGCAGAUUGAGGCCGAGGCGGCUCAGCGGGUGCAGUGCCUCUGCCCUCCAGGGGGCGCCAAUUAUUCCGACUUCAUCCCAGCGUAAGUGGAACCUCUCGGCUGUGCUCAUAUGUCCUGACAGUCAGUCUUGGACAAUAGUUGGUGUCCUCUUUUUGCAGUUUCAAACCUUCCUGUUUACAGUCCUGACCUCCUCUUUAUUUUUCCUCCAGUCGCUGCAGCACUUUGUCCAGACGGCCAGCCAAGGCCACAGAGGAGGGCGUGUCCUCGCCUCGCCUUCCCCUUGAUGCAACCGACCGCUCUCAGAAUGUUUGGCAGUGGAUCCUAGAGAGUGAGAGACAAGGCAAACACAAGCCGCACAGGUAUGUGCCUGUCAGAAAUCACCACGAACACCAUGAGCACCACAUGAAACUGCUGUCUUUAGCUCCCAGCUCAUCUUCUCUUCAUGAUCUUUUCAUUCAAACAGCACUCAAGGUCUUAAGAAGUCCAAUCCACUCGACUCCAAAGCCCUGCAAAGUCGGACACACUCCUCUUGGGGUGGAGGCGGCAUCGGCAGCGGGGCUCACCUUCGUGGCCACCAUCCCGGCCACCCUUUCAUCCAGGACCCAGCUAUGCCACCUCUGCCCCCACCUAACACGCUGGCACAGCUGGAAGAAGCCUGUCGCAGGUUAGAGGAGGUCUCCAAGCCGCCGAAACAAAGGUAGGCAAGACCCAGCACUCACCCAGGAUGCAGAGUUUGCCUCCUACAUAUUAUAAACACAAAUCAAAUAUAAAUUAUCAGACUGUGUUUCUUGAUUUCACCACAAAUGUUAAUCUCUGUGAUUUUGACAGACAUUCAACAGCAGCCAGCAGCCUACAGAGAGACAGGAGCCAUCCAGCAGCUGCUUUCCCCACUGGAGGCAGCCCUCUGGCCAGCCCUGGACUCCCAACAGACGAGUAUGCAUUGCCUUUUUUACUGCUGUCCUUUCAAAUCUACAAUCCUGUCUUUGUUUCUAUCCCUCCCUUUUCCCUGCUUUCUAUCUGAAUCACUUUCUAGCUUGCCAGAAGUCAUUUCCCGUACACAUAGAUUUUUUUUUCAGUAUUCCCUCUCUUUCUAAGCUUAUGUUUUCACCCCCUCCCUCAGAUUUUCUUGCUUUUCCCUUCAAAGAGAGAUGUUGUGAGUCAGCAUAGCUGUGUCUUUGAACUCCUCUUCUCCAGCCUUUUAAUCAUUUAAGAUUAAACAUGCUUUUAUACUAAAUCCCAGCUACCCACAUGUCUCCCAGAACUCACCACUGGAACACAACAAAGAUGUGUAAAGUGGCCCCUGGUUCCUGAAAAGGAUUCAAACCUGGUCUUACAUUUGUUUUUGGUUGGAGUGGUUUAUUUUAAGCCACAGCAACCUAAAUGUAAUGGCCUCUUUCAGAUGCAAUGGGGAAAAGUUCAAAGUUAUUUUGGAAAUGUCACGGUCAGAUCCCAUCUUCUCAAAAUGCAGCAGGUAUAAACUGGUUUUAUUUCUCAUUUUCAGGUCAAAGGAGCUCGUGGUCACCUACUUCUUCUGUGGGGAAGAGAUUCCUUAUCGCAGCAUGAUGAAGACCCACUGCCUCACCCUGGGACACUUCAAGGAUCAGCUCAGCAAGAAAGGAAAUUACAGGUAAAAACAAAGCACCUACAGCAGAUCUAAGAACAAUAACCUCGACUUAGAUAGAUGCUUUUCCCAUUCCUGUUGGAUGUGGUUAGUGCUUAACUAGAGGGAAAUAACUGUGUAUGAGCGUACAUUUGUCAUAGUGCUUGCAUUUGCUUGUCGGCUGAGUGGGAGUGUUAAAUUUUGGAGGUUGAUAGUUGAAGAGAAACUGGGCUGAUCCGCUGUAUUCAGGGCUUACAGAGAGAGAGUAGGAGGAGGAGGGGGUCUGGAGCGAAUUUUUUCUCACAUCUGGUACUGAUUUCCAUGGUAAGGCAGCCUUAAUAAAUAUGGCUUUGAAGCCUGGGACAUUUUAUUUUGUGCACAAAGACCAUUGCAAGGCCUUCAGAUUCCUCCUCCACACUAUUGCAUCAGGCAUUAAAAUCAGAUGCCGCCAGCGCUUUCUUCUUAUAGCAGUUAACAGAGAAAAGUACCUCCUGUCAAUGUCAAAUAAUGGGGGGAAAUUCCUCAACAUUGUCAGGACUUCUUGAGUAAUUUAAGAAAUAAUGGCAAGUUAAGAAACAUUCAGACCCUGGAGUCUAGGCUUGCUUAAUCAAGUGACUGCUCCAGGACAGCGUAGGUUGUAUCCCACUGAGAGACACAAAGGCUGAAUGCCCAUGCCCACAUCAACAUUAGGUUACAGCCACAUCUGCUUGUUAGGCAAGACAGAGGAAGGCCUGCAAACAAGUCUGUGCACCCCUGCUAUCCCAUAACUCUUCAGCAAGCAAAGAGAAGGGGGAGGUAGGAAUGAAGCGCCUGGCUUCAAUGGCAGCAGAAUGUGUGGAGUUGGUUAAUUUGGACAUGGCAGCGGUACAGUGGAGAACAGUACGCCGCAGCUCUGCCAGACGAUAUUGGUGCCAGAUGUUGCGAAGAGAGAAAAAUCCUGCCACAUAAAACAUGUUCCAGUGGAAAGACUUCUUCUGUCUCUCACUCUCUGAAACAGAGUGAUGACUUUGAACUAUUUGUGAGUGAAAAUGUUGCAUUUUCCUCUGAAAAAAAUACCCAGCCAAUUAAAUUGAGAAGUAUAAUAGAAUCACUUGGUUUCCUCUAAUGAAGAUCAAAUGCUCAGCAGAGUUUAGACAACAGAGGAAAUUUUGCUGAAAUGCUAUCACCCCUGUGUCUCAUCUCUGCUCACUCUUUUGGGAAGUCUUUUUGCCUGGGUAAGGCAGUCCACUCCCUCUCCAUUUGUUUGUAAUUACAAUCAACAUGGAAAAUAAAACUGUAUGUGUGCCUAUUUGUGUUCAGCCCUCCUUACAUGUGUUGUUUGAAUGACUCGGAGCUCAUAAAACACAUAGCUUUUUCCCUCUCUUUACUUCUUUUUUUUGUAUUCUGAACACAGGCACACAUGGGCAAAAUGAGGCAUUUUUCCAUUACAAAGCUUAUCAUUAAAUCCCCUCCUGCUGAUCUUUUGCUCGGUCUAAAGUAGAGAAGAGAAAUCAUUAGGAGCUCCAGGAGACUUCAUAGUUGCUCGAACUGAGCUAACCCUGGGACUUCUCUCUGCUUGAGAGAAGAAGAGUGGGCUAGCUAGGUGACCCAUGACCUCCAGAAGACUGUCUGAGCGGUGGCCACCCUGCCCCCUCCCGGUGUAGAGCUCCUCCAGCUCGGCCUACAUCCAACUGAUCACACCCUCUCAUAGAGCCAGGGAAGGCCUGAUCUCCUCUUCCCCCUGCUUUCACUCCUUUCUCCUUUCCUCUGUUCUCCGCUGGUGAUCGCAGAGCUGCCUAAAGAGACAGUGUGUGUGUGAGACUGUGUGUGUUAGCUAGAAACACAGGGCAUGUGCGUGUUGAUGUGCGGGCAGUAGAGUGUGCUCCUGCAGUGGCAGGCAGACUCUCAGGCACCUGGAAUGUCAACCUGUGUGACAGAAAGGCCCUUCAUUUGACAGCCAGUCCAAUUAGAAGCCAUGGAGACAAAGAGAGGGAGGGGGGCGCUGCUGCACAGAAAGGCAGAGGGGGCUCAAGACAGCCUCUAAUUAACCCUUCAACUUUAAUAAGACCUUGCAGGACAGAUAGGCAUCUGUAGAACAGCCAGCAGUCAGGAUGAACAAGUGGAUGAGGAGACAAGCACACAUGGAUGAGCACACACACACACACACACACACACUGACAAACAGGCUGUUUCUAGCAGCUUGAAUUAUCACAGGGAGUGUUUAAACGGAGGGUUCAGCUCUGUUUGUGCAGCGGUGUGAUGUGGAGUCAGGCUCACUCUUUGAAGUGUGCAGGGAUGGCAUUGAAGGCUAUGACUAAGUUGUUUUGAGCAGGAUCCAUUUCUGGCUCUCAAAGUGCGUGUGUUUGUGUUUGAUUUGGACUAAAGGGAGUUGUGCGCGAGCCUGUAUGUGGAAGUAGUCGCGUAGGUGCCUCAAAGCGGUUUUAAAACACGAUGAAAUAUAUCAGAUGCACUCCUGCUGCCACUCUGUCAGAUUUCGUUCCAGUUCAAUUUCUGUUUUUUUCUUUUCUCACACACACCUACGCCCAACUUUUUCUAAUCACAGACCUCUGUCUUUGUUUUUUUUUUCUCCUCAGGUACUACUUCAAGAAAGCAAGCGAUGAGUUCGAGUGCGGUGCCGUGUUCGAGGAAGUGUGGGAAGAUGCCACUGUGUUACCCAUGUACGAGGGCAAAGUCCUGGGCAAGGUUGAGAGGAUGGACUAA